UAAAAUCAUGCAAAUUUAGUCGGACGAAUCAUCCAAACUGAAUUGUACGUCAGUGAAAGCAGUCCAGUCUCCAUAGAACACAUUUCCUCCCGAGAUGAUAGUAGUCCUGAAUUCGUCGAUAAAAUCUCGUCUGAGAGUAGUCCUGAAAUGUUUGUAGACGAAAUCCCGUUACAUAGAGAAUUCGCGUUUGAAGGUCUUGAAAUCGACUGGGUUCAUAUUAUUGAAUCAGGAAGCUCAUCAGUUUCCUUCGCGUCAUCAAAUACAGUAACAAUACCUACAAGUUUCAUUUCUACAAAUCCUGUAAACAAUACUGUAAAAGCUGACACCAUGUGCCCGUUUAAUGUUAUAAAUUCUCAAAAUAGUGACGAAGAAAUCCCCAAAAAUUUUGUAUCAAAUCUUGACAAGGAUCAUGUUCGGUUCCGUAAAGAUGAGUUGAUUGUGAAAUCCGCGAAUAAUGUGACCGGAUCACCAGUUCUAGAACAGACUGCAAGUGCAGGGUCCAAAAUGAAUUUUGUUAAUCUAAUUCCAGAAUGUGAUAUUUUAAACCAAAGUAAUUAUAAUCUCGUGAACAAAAACGAACAGUCUCCUGUUCAUGUUCAUACUAAAGUAGAAUGUCCGGACAAAACUUUGAAAUAUGAACAUCAAGAUUGUGUAAGAACUAGGAGUUUAAAGGGAGAAAUUGAAAAGAAACCAGGGAAGCUAUCAGGAAACGAACGAGGAAAAACAACGGAAUUUUUAAAUCAACAAUCAACAUCAAACUGGACCGGUGGAGACUACCAUAGUUUGGACCGUUCAGAAAUAGAAGUUAAAAUACUGCAAGCUCUUCACGCAGAAGAAGAUAUUAGUGCACAGAUGCGUGUACUUAAUAACCUUAUUCUUCUUGAUCAGAAAGACAGGAAAUCAUUCAAAUUAAUGUUGAUUAUCUUACUAAGUCAAUAUUUAGGCCCAUAAAUCUGUGGAACAG